AUGGCUUCCAUUCGUUUCCGAGGCGGCCUGUUGGCCCUCUACGUUGCCGGUGCCGCCGCCGCCGCCGCCGCCGCCGCCGCCUCCCCCACAACUCACGUCGACAUGAUCGUUCCCGAAUGGGAUGCCGACAGCGUGGCUGCCUCCGUCAUUGACGUCAAUGGCAAGUUGACCACGUACGCUGUUCAGUGCAAACAUCCCGCCGAUUGUCCUCAGCCGGCUACCAUCGUUCAGGGUGGUGAUGUGUGGUCCCUCCACAGCCUGUACAGGGAUAAAACGCAGACAUUCACAUACGACUACGACUGCCAGGUCGACCGUCCAAGAAUGACCUGCACCAUCAGCAUGGACGGCACCUACCCGGCCGGCCAUACCACCCGCUCAACCGUCAGCUCGACGGACAACAUCUCACCCGUCAUCUCGCCCAUCGCCGUCACCGCAGGCAUCCACAAGCUUCGCGCUGCCAGUGUGAGCGCCACCUCCACCGCCGCCGCCGAUUCGGACUCGGACAAGCCCAGGGAGACCACUGCCGUCGAUGAUGCCGCCCCGGGAUCUUCGACCGAGCCCCCCCCAGCCAAGACCACCUCUGCCGAGCACCACGCCAUCACCACCACCACCGCCGCCGCCGCCGCCACCGCAGCUGACAAGACGGCCCAGUCCACCAAUGCCGCCGAUAAGGAAAGUGCCAUCGAGACUGUCACAUCGUCGGCGGCUACGGGAAGCUGGUCUGCUUCGUCAUCGACUUCCGACAGCUCACCCAGCGUCACCGCGAGCGACAGCGCCGACAGUGCUGCCGGCGCUCCGUCUCUCAACUUUGGCCUGGCCGGUGUGACUGCCUUUGUUGCCGCCAUGGCUCUGCUGUAG